AUGAUUAGUUUCAAGUUUCAAUGUGCGAACACAACUUGUUUACCAUUUAAUAAUGUUAUUCCAUCAAACAUCAGGAAUUGUCAAGUAGCCUGUUUGACUCAAAGUCAAUGCAUAGCAGCAACUUUUCAUCAAUCAACUUCAAAUUGUGAAUUAUUUGAUAAUAUGUUGAACCAAAAUGGAAAUAUAUCAGCAGAUGUGGAUGCUACUAGUAUGAAUAUUAUUAGUGGAACACGAUUUCCAUCGGAACCGACUACGACAUCAACAUCAACAUCAACAACAACAUCAUCAUCAUCAUCAUCAACAACAACAACAACAACAACAACAACAACAACAACAUCAGCAACAGCAAUACCAAGUCAGUACUAUGUUAAAUGA